AUGAAGAUAGCUUUAAUAACGUUAACAGCUUUCGCGUUGGUAUUAGCCGAACCUCCAGUACCCAACAGUCAGUACCUGCCCUCUAACACUUAUGGAGCCCCAAGGCCGUCUACUCCAGCGAGUACGUAUGGAGCACCAGCGCAAACGGAAGCGAUUUUAAGACCAAGCAGUAGUUACGGUCCUCCAAGCAAUACCUAUGGUCCUCCAAGUAACACGUACGGUCCACCAAGCAACGCUUACGGACCUCCCGGUGGUGGAUAUCCAGGUGGAAGAGGAGGAGAUGAUCAAUCCGAACCAGCUAACUAUCAAUUCUCCUACCACGUAGACGAUCCUCCAUCAGGAAACGAUUUUGGACACGAAGAACAAAGGCAAGGUGAUGUAGCCAAAGGAAAAUAUUUCGUUCUCUUGCCCGACGGUCGUCUUCAGACUGUAGAGUACACAGCUGAUUCUGACGGUUACAAACCAAAAAUUACCUACGAACAGGUUGGUGGAUAUCCAUCUGGAGGACCAGGAGGGUAUCCAUCAGGAGGGCCAACAGGGUAUCCCGCAGCUAAUGGAGGUGGAAAUGGAGGUUAUCAAUAUUAGACUCCUUAGUUAGGUUGGAAUGUUUAGAAUUGUAUGCUUGUACUUGGUAUAGUUCGUGUUUUUGAGUCAUCAAUAACGAAUGGCUAUGGCUCCAUAAUAUACUUUACUUUUCUUUUCACUUUCUUGCAUUCUUUUUUG